AAUGAUUUUUUAUAUGAGAAAAGAUUGGAAGAGUGGGAGGAGGAUUUGGUGCUGAGAAUAAGCAUUUUUUUCUUUAUUAAAAAAAAUCUAAUGGUGAUUUAGGUGGGAUCAGGUACCUUAAUCAAAAAAACCCAAUACCACUUUUUCUCUCUACUUGAUUCUGAAAUUAAACCCAUCUGGCUGUCAUUUUUGUCAAUAAUUAUGGGAUUGAAAAGGCACCCAACAAGUUAUUUCUCUCCUUUGAUUGAUUUAUCUUGUGUGUCCCAGUGCCAGUGCCCACAUUCUAGUAUUUCAUGCUACUGCACUACUUAUUAACCCUCCCACAACCGACAUCUCAUAUCGACCAUCCUCUUUUCUCUCUUUGCUUAUAAGCUGCAAAGAAAGAGAGAAAGAGCAGAAAAAAUUUCAAUUUUUAUCCUACUGAGGAAUUAUGCAACUUAGUUUAUGUUUAUAGGUGUUUUUGAUAUUCAUCUCUCAUCUUUGUUUUUACUUCUGUGGUGUUGUUUGCUGUGGAAGAAAGAAGAGAUCUUUUGGAUGAUGAUUAGAGUGGGCAAUUUGAGAUUUGUGAGAAAGGGGUACUGGAUGCAUGAUUUAGCAGUUGAAACCAAAUUAAGGUUAUAUAUAUUAUCAUGAUCUUCAAGUCAAUAUAAUCUAUUCACCUCCCCUUACCUGGUGACCAUCAAGAUGCUUAUUUGAAAGUCUUUUUGUUUUUUCUUUUAUUUAUCUCUUUGGAAUCCUUACAGACAAUACCACAACUCAAAGGCCCCCAUGUCUUUCUCUCUCUUUACUUGACAACAGAUCAAGGAGAACCUAAAGUUAGAAAGUAGAAAACCACUAGCCGCAACCUUUUUUCUUCUUCUAUAUUUUCGGUUUCCUUAGCUUCUCUGCUAUAGGAUCCUAUAACCCUAUAUAGUCUAGCUUUUAGAAUCCUCCGCCACAGUCACCCAGAAAUCCCACAUCGAUCCGAGUGGAAACCAAGCAAGUGGAAGCUUUCUUUGCCCUUUAUUUCAUUGACAUGGAUUCCCUCCUUUCUAUUUCCUUUGUGGUUCGAUUUGGUGCUGAAAAACCAUGGAGCAACGAGAUGACAAGCCUCUUUGCAUAACUUAAUUGCAGAGGUUUUGAUAAAACUUCAAUUUUUUGUCGUUACAACUAGAAGGUUCAAGAAUUUUCUAGCUCAUAUCAUAUUUAGUUUCUGGUGCUGUUUGUGAAGUUGGGAAUCCAGCAACUUAGUUUUCGAAUGAUGAUUCUUUAUCAUCGUCCUCACCGCCUACUUCUCAACACAGAAUCAGCCACACCACCUCCUUCCAAUGAAAGUAGGACACGCGAUGGAAGUGGUUACACAAACGAAGCUAAUUUCGAUACCAACAUGGUGAUCAUAUUAGCAGCCCUGCUCUGUGCGUUGAUUUGUGCGUUGGGAUUGAAUUCAAUCGUGCGUUGUGCACUGAGAUGCAGCCGGAGGUUUGCUUUUGAAACCCCAGAUGAGACUGCUGCAAGGUUGGCUGCAACAGGGCUUAGGAGGAGUGCAUUGCGUCAGAUCCCAGUCGCCAUUUACAGGUCUGGGACAAACAUUCCUGCUACAGAGUGCCCAAUUUGCCUAUUAGAAUUUGAAGAUGGUGAAAAAGUCAGGGUGCUACCAAAAUGUAACCAUGGUUUCCAUGUAAGGUGUAUAGAUACUUGGUUGGUCUCGCACUCAUCAUGUCCAACUUGCCGGCGGUCAUUGCUUGAACAGCCGCCACCGACAGGUUCGGAUGCAGCAGAAGCCGGCGUUGCUGGUAACGAUCGUCCCGGAAAUGCAUCAACUGGAGGAGAACGAGGUGAUACAUCAGCAAAUGUGGAUGAGGUUGGCUGAUACUGGUUUGAAAAAUGGUGGAGAAAAAAGUUUCCUCAUUACGUAUUUUCAUUUUUUUAUUAGCUGUAGUUUUAUUUGUUUGUGUAUCUAUGCAUAGAGAGAUGUAGUUGCUUCUUUUUUUUUUCUUUUUUUUUUGAAGUAAAUUUGAAGGUCUUUGAGGCAAAUACUCUGUUUUAGAAGAAGCUUAGUUGGAGAAACGGAAAUGAGGUUGACAGAACUUUGUUUA